GCUGAAGAAUGUAUCAAAGGGCAACAUCACUAGUAAGCUGGAAGCAAUAACCAUGGAAGGGCUGCAGAUUGUCAACGUCCAUAAGGGACUCAUCCGCUGUAAUUUCAUCGUAACAAGACUAGCUUCGGAUUCAGGUGGGAAUUGGCACGUUGGAGCUAUGACGAACUUAAUUGACUGUGUAGGAAACGCUGCCAUACACACCACCACAGUUGGCCAUAUCAACGUCACCCUUGAUUGCACUAUUUCAACUGCCAAGAUUCAAGUCGGUAUAGUAUUCUUCAAAUUGGUGAACAUCUUUUUGGAUACACAUACAGUCUGGUAAUAAAGUUGAUUUUAUAUAUGGCAGGAUGAAGUGGAGAUAUAGAGGCAAAGGUUGCAGGGAAUAGGGGAAGACUUACCUUAGUGGUGGUGGAAGUCAGAAACAAGAAUAAUCGGCAGCUUAUUGC